UGUUUAAUACUGGUGCAUGUUUUGACAGCUGAUGUUUAAAACUUGUGAAUGUUUUAACUACCAAUAUGUUUAAUACUGGUGCAUGUUUUGACUGCUGAUGUUUAAAACUUGUGAAUGUUUUAACUACCAAUAUGUUUAAAACUGAUGCAUGUUUCGACCAUGAUGUUUUUGUUUCAAUGCAGGAUUACAAUGAAGAUCCUGGUACUAGCAGUUAUCAUUGCUGCAGCAGCAGCUCACAAUGAAAGAAGUCUUGGAGACUUUCUUGCAAGUGCCACCAAGGGCACCAAACUUGGGGCUGCGUUUGAGGUGAUCGACGCGUUUGGGAAAGUGAGCAAGUUAAUCGAGGACCUGAAACACAUCGCCCCCACUGCUCACACCGCGCUCACCGACAGCAUCAAAGACAUCAAAGGAAGCAUAAAGAGCAUCGUCUCCCACCUCGCCCGAGACGUCGUGUCUGGCCUAAAAAAGCGAGGUCUGGCAGACUUUCUUGCAAGUGCCACCAAGGGUACCAAAUUGGGGGCAGCAUUUGAUGUGAUAAACGCCUUUGGUAAAGUGAGCAAAUUCAUCAAAGACUUGAAGAAUAUUGCCCCCGCCGCACACAAAGCUCUGACCGGCAGCAUCAAAGACAUCAAGGAUAGCAUGAACACCAUCACUUCAAAACUCACCGGAGAAAUCGAAUCCAAUUUGGGAAAACGGGGACUAUCAGACUUUCUUGCCAGUGCCACCAAGGGUACCAAAUUGGGGGCUGCAUUUGAUGUGAUCAACGCCUUUGGGAAAAUCAGCAAGUUUAUCAAAGACUUGAAGAAUAUUGCCCCCGCCGCCCACAAAGCUCUGACCGGCAGCAUCAAAGCCAUCAAGGAUAGCAUGAACAACAUCACUUCAAAACUCACCGGAGAAAUCGAAUCCAAUCUGGGAAAACGGGGAUUAGGAGACUUUCUUGCCAGUGCCACCAAGGGUACCAAAUUGGGGGCUGCAUUUGAUAUCAUCAGCGCUUUUGGUAAAGUGAGCAAGUUCAUCAAAGACUUGAAGAAUGUUGCCCCCGCCGCACACGAAGCUCUGACCAGCAGCAUCAAAGCCAUCAAGGAUAGCAUGAACAACAUCACUUCAAAACUCACUGGAGAAAUCGAAUCCAAUUUAGGAAAACGGGGACUAGCAGACUUUCUUGCCAGUGCCACCAAGGGAACCAAAUUGGGGGCUGCUUUUGAUAUCAUCAGCGCUUUUGGUAAAGUGAGCAAGUUCAUCAAAGACUUGAAGAAUAUUGCCCCCGCCGCACACAAAGCUCUGACCGGUAGCAUCAAAGCCAUCAAGGAUAGCAUGAACAACAUCACUUCAAAACUCACCGGAGAAAUCGAAUCCAAUCUAGGAAAACGGGGUCUAGCAGACUUUCUUGCCAGUGCCACCAAGGGUACCAAAUUGGGGGCUGCAUUUGAUGUGAUCAACGCCUUUGGGAAAAUCAGCAAGUUCAUCAAAGACUUGAAGAAUAUUGCCCCCGCCGCACACAAAGCCCUGACCGGCAGCAUCAAAGCCAUCAAGGAUAGCAUGAACAACAUCACUUCAAAACUCACCGGAGAAAUCGAAUCCAAUUUAGGAAAACGGGGUCUAGCAGACUUUCUUGCCAGUGCCACCAAGGGUACCAAAUUGGGGGCUGCAUUUGAUGUGAUCAACGCCUUUGGGAAAAUCAGCAAAUUCAUCAAAGACUUGAAGAAUAUUGCCCCCGCCGCACACAAAGCUCUGACCGGCAGCAUCAAAGCCAUCAAGGAUAGCAUGAACAACAUCACUUCAAAACUCACCGGAGAAAUCGAAUCCAAUUUGGGAAGACGUUCUUUAAGCGACCUCCUUGCAAGUGUUACGAAGGGAACAUCACUGGGAAAAGCGUUCGAUAUUAUCAGUGCGUUUAGUAAAGUGAGCAAACUGAUCAGCGACGUGAAGCACAUCGCCCCCGCGGCCCACGCUGCUCUCACUGACAGCAUCAAGGAAGUUAAGGGCGCCAUGAGCAACAUCGUCUCUCAACUCGUCCACGCGCUGUGAACAGACGAUCAUCAAAACGAGAAAACGCCUGAUAUCACACUAUGAAACUGAAGCCUGAAGACAGAAGAUUUCAAUCUAACUCAAGUAUUCAGCAAUAAAGUGAUUAUUUUAA